GACAGAGAGAGUGCACCCACCCUGGUCGCUUCGUCUGUCCAUAUCAACUACUACUUCACUCGGCGCCUCCUCACGGGCAUUUCACCGCUCCACAGGCCGUCUCGCUGCUGGGCGGACCUCUUCUUUUACACGCAAAUUUUACGCAAAAGAAUAAAUAAAUAAAUAAACAAAUAACCGCCACAUUUUCUCCGGAGCUGUCAAAGUAGAAGAAGCGAGAGACAGGGGAGCGAUAUGGCCACGACAACCUGUACGCGAUUCACAGACGAAUAUCAGCUCUACGAGGAGCUGGGGAAGGGAGCUUUUUCAGUGGUGCGCAGAUGUGUGAAGCUGUGUACAGGACAGGAGUAUGCUGCCAAAAUAAUCAACACCAAAAAAUUAUCUGCAAGAGAUCAUCAGAAACUGGAGCGAGAGGCUCGAAUCUGUCGCCUUUUGAAACACCCAAACAUUGUUCGUCUUCAUGACAGUAUAUCAGAGGAGGGUUUCCACUACCUCCUGUUUGACUUGGUGACUGGAGGUGAACUGUUUGAGGACAUCGUAGCCAGAGAGUAUUACAGCGAGGCCGACGCCAGUCACUGUAUUCAUCAGAUUCUAGAAAGUGUCCAUCACAUUCACCAACAUGACAUAGUGCACAGGGACCUGAAGCCAGAGAACCUUCUCCUAGCAAGCAAAUGUAAGAAUGCUGCGGUAAAGCUUGCUGACUUUGGCCUCGCCAUUGAGGUGCAGGGAGAUCAGCAGGCCUGGUUUGGAUUUGCUGGCACACCGGGGUACCUGUCCCCUGAGGUAUUGAGGAAGGAGGCAUAUGGCAAACCUGUGGACAUCUGGGCCUGUGGGGUGAUCCUCUACAUCCUGCUGGUGGGUUACCCUCCUUUCUGGGAUGAGGACCAGCACAAGCUGUACCAACAGAUCAAAGCUGGAGCUUACGAUUUUCCUUCCCCAGAGUGGGACACAGUCACCCCUGAGGCCAAGAACCUGAUCAACCAGAUGCUGACCAUCAACCCAGCAAAGAGAAUCACUGCUCAGGAGGCCCUUAAGCACCCAUGGGUCUGCCAACGGUCCACAGUGGCCUCUAUGAUGCACAGACAGGAGACCGUGGAGUGCCUGAAGAAAUUCAAUGCCAGGAGGAAACUCAAGGGAGCCAUUCUUACUACCAUGCUGGUUUCUCGAAACUUCUCUGUGGGCAGCAGGCAGACCACCGCUCCAGCCUCUGUCACUGCAGCUGCAGCAGCAGUGGCUGCAGCCGCUGGCACCACAGCAGGGCUGGUGGAACAAGCGAAGACCUUGCUCAACAAAAAGGCAGAUGUCAAGAAACGCAAGUCCAGCUCUACUGUCCAGUACAUGCCCCAGACAAACAGCACCAAAAACAGCAUAGUCACCAGCCCCAAAGGAAACAUCCCUUCACCUGCUCUGGAACCUCAAACAACCGUCAUCCAUAAUCCAGUCGACGGGACGAAGGAAUCAUCGGACAGCAGCAACACCACUGUGGAGGACGAGGAUGUGAAAGCGGCUACAAAGUUUGCUGACCUGCUUGGUUCAGUGCGUAGGGGCUCAGGGCCCACACCUGACUGUGAGGGGAGAUCCGGCACCCCACCUCCCGCUGUCCUCUCAGCCCCCUCCCCUCCUCACACCCCUGUUGUCCCCAUGCAGAUGUCUCGGCUCACAGACUUGGUAAGCAGCGUUCGCAGGGUGCCGGCAGCCCCUGCACCUGAGGUUGACGCUGCACCGGCACCGAUACCUUGUGCCAGGCCCACCCCUCAACCCGCACAUACCACCUCCCCUCCUCCCCCUCACUCCCCCUCCAGCCCGUCCCUGUCUGCCUCCCAGACACGCAAACAAGAAAUCAUCAAGAUCACUGAGCAGCUGAUAGAGGCAAUCAACAAUGGAGACUUUGAGGCCUAUGCAAAGAUCUGCGACCCUGGACUGACUUCAUUUGAGCCGGAGGCGCUGGGUAACCUGGUAGAAGGGAUGGACUUUCACAGAUUCUACUUUGAGAACCUUUUGGCAAAGAAUAACAAGCCCAUCCACACCACCAUCCUGAACCCCCAUGUCCACCUGAUUGGCGAGGACGCCGCCUGCAUCGCUUACAUUCGUCUGACUCAGUUUGUUGAUGGUCAGGGUCGGCCGAGGUCCAGCCAGUCAGAGGAAACUCGCGUGUGGCAUCGCAAGGACAGCAAGUGGCAGAACAUCCACUUCCACUGCUCAGGCGCACCGGCUGCACCAUUACAGUGAGGUGAAUUCUGAAGUUUUGUCUGUAAGAGUGUUCAGCUGGAGACAAUGAGGAAGAGGAGGAAGGGGUGAAAGAACAAGUAUGUUGUCUGUUUGUGGACAUGGCUGCUCACCUUUCAACAACAGAACCUCUUUACUGGAUGCCGUGGCUCAACCCUCCCCUUCAGCAUGCAUCUCUUCUUUUACUACUACUGCCCCCUGUCUAUCACUGGCUCUACAACAUCCUCUGACAACCACCAAAUGACGGCAAUGGAACGUCCAACAGCCAGACAGCCUUCACCCUCAUCCUCCUGCUUCCUCUUGUUGGUUGGUUGGUGGUAGCGGGAUGUUUUCAGCACUUGGUGUGAUUCCUUCUUCCUGUGGUCUGUCCCCACGAUUUUUGUGAAACCAACCCUCUUGUCCUCCUGUGAAUUCACACUUGUAUGACAAAAACACUGCACUGUAAAGUCAAAUCUACUACUAUCAUUGCUAUAUUAUUAUCAUUAUAAUUAUGAUUAUUAUUACUAUGACACACAAUUGUAUAUGUUAUUUGUAUAAUUCAAAAUUCUUGCUGCCAGUGGUUUCUAGAAUUGAGUUUUUUUCUUAAUCUUUUUGAAGAAGCAUGUUUUCCCCUUAUUAACAGUAGCUGUUUUUUUAUUGUUGGUAUUAAGUGGAAAAUGAUAUUUGCUGUUUUGUAAUUUGCGUAUGUAUGUUAGCUUUAAUAUUGCGCCCAAACUCAUGGACUUUUCUUUUGUUGUUGUUUUUGCUUGCUUUUGGCUCUUUUUUUUUUGUGUGCGUGAAUGGGUGUUUGUCUUAUGUUGUUUUGAGUUAAAGCUGAGAACAAGUUCUUUUGUGUGACUGUUAUAUCAGGUAGACAAGCAGUGUGCACAUUUGCUCAUUCUUACAUACUGACUGCACAAGUGGAAGAGCAUUUUUUCAUCAUUGCAGGGUGAACACAAGGGGUAGGAUUAGCUAAAUUCUGUGUGUCUUCCUGCACCAAAACAUGAGCAUAAAAACACACCUGCUAGAGGAAUUGUAUAGUUAAUACACAGUGAAUCCUCUCUGGCUGAAGGAUCUGCACUCUUCCACUCUCAAUGAUGAGCUCUGCACAAUGAGGUCGCUUUGGAAAAGGAUCACAGUUAGCUUUACACUUUUUUUCUCUUAAUGCAAACUUCGAAAAACACCUGUGCAUUUUUGUACGUUAAAAAUGUUCGCUAAGGGUAAUGUGCAAACAUGCAGGGCUAAGGAGAGAUCAGUCUGACCUCAUGAGGGAAACAUUGUUCUUAUUUAGGAGCAAGAUAAUUUAAUUGGUAGGACUUAAGCUAAAUUUGUCAGCGUAACCUAAAAGUAUAUUCUUAUGGUAAAUUUAAUAUUUUCAUGGUAAGAAACUUAGCACUAUUUUGUGUUUUAUGUUCUAAACCUUACGUUUUUGACCACAAACAGCCAUCUUCUCUCUCGCCAUAAGGCCCCAUUCAGUACUAAACAAUCAAGAGUGCUUGUGUGAGGCGGUCGUCUCUGUCCUGUGCUAAAUUGGCCGUCCUUUGCUACAGGGUGCAAUAUUUCUUUGUGUGUGAGUGUGAAAGCAUGUACAGAACAUUUACUGCUCUUUACUUUUUGGAGGUGUCUCGUGGUUAAUGUAAGAAGAAGGCUUUAUUUCAGAGGACAUAUCAGUCCCCUGCCUUCAGCUGAACAUUUUUUUUCCUUAUGAUUUAAUUUCCUCUCUUCUUUUUUUAAUGUAUGAUCAGCUUGUUAUGAUUGAAAGUGCUUGUGCCAGGAGGUGGCAGGAUAAAUCCGUUGGACUCUUCAGCACUGAAAACUGAUUUUUGUUUUUGUUUUGUUUUCAGGGGUUUGGCUUGCAGUCCACUCCUCUGUCUUUUGCUCUUGCACCAUUGGCUGCCUUCACAUUUUUCUCGCCCCUAUUGGUCAGACCAAGAUAUUAAGAGAGCGGGCAGUCAGUUUGGUGGAAAGUCCUCAGGUUUUUAUUUAUUUUGAGUAUUUAUUUAUUUAUUGUAGUGGGUAUUUUUAUUGUGCUUUUUUGUGUAAUAUUGUACAGCUCAUGCACUUGUGCAAGUACUCUCUGUUGUUCAGAAGGGAUGCUGCUCCAUGUAAAACAUGUUUUUAAAGGGAUAGUACGUCAAAUUUGCAUCCUGCAUGUGUUUUCUGCAAUGACCAACAUUGGUGUGAAUUUUUUUUUUUUUUUUUUUUUGCUGUUUUCCUUCUGCAUCCAGAGAUUUAAGUUGUUUUCUGACUUUGAUUGUCUAUUUUUCCUUUUUCACUUCGGUUUGUCUGAGUGCCAGAGUUGAAGUCGACAUAAUAUGGAUUGUAUUUUGUGUGAGCUGUCCCUCUAAAAGCCUUUUUUCUAAGGCAAUGAACGUUUUUUGGAACAGAUUUUGCAAGUCUCUCUCUUGUCUCAUCAAGUACCAGUGUUGAUGUCUAGUUGACCCUGUUUUAUACCAAAAUGGUCAAAGGUUACAUGCAUCAUUAUGCUAGCCUACCAAGACCCCCACAGUCCUCAGAAAAAGAAGACAUAGCAGCAUGUACAGUGCAAAAGUGUUGUUCUUUUGUUUAUUGUGUUUACUAGCCUGGAAAGUCAAUAUAAGAUUCACAUAUUUAAAACGAGGGAGUACACAGUAUUACACAACUGCAACUAACUAGCGGUGUAGCUGGCAUUUUCUUUGCAUGGCAGUCAACAGAACACUUGUUUUUGGUGGUUUCCUUUUUAUUUGGUUUCUCAUUUUCUACUGAAUGCUGUUUUACUCGACGUCUCUCGUCUAUUUUCUCAGCUUUUAAGUGCAUAUAUCUAUUUUUGUCUGCAGAUGAUAUAAUGAAGAUGACUAUAGUGAUCAGGAUUAAGAUAUUUUUGACGGUGGCACUAUAAGGAUGAUGACAGUGACCAUGAUAAUGAUGUGAAGGUUAUUCUCGCAUGCUUCUCUCCCUAGCUCUGUGUUGUCCGUGCUGCUGCUUCACUCUGCCUAUAUGUUGCUUUGAGGAGCUCCAACAGGGGGUGCACUCACACAGAGAAAAGCACAAUGAACAUGGAUGGAUUUGGUUGCGCAAAAAGUUGACCUCAGUGUCAAAUCUAACAGACAAUCCACCCAGAAAAUCAACAAUAUAUAAGACAGAAGAGGGGAAUGCUCAUUAGGAUAUUAUCUUUGGAGUUGUACAAUUAUGAGCUGAAUAAGUGCUCCAAUACAGUUUGAUUUCUUGAUUUUGAGAUACAGACUCAUAAUCCUUCAUUCUUUUUUUAAUCAGAAAGUGUCCAGACACUUUUUACUCUCUCAUUAUAAUAAAAUGCUAUCUAAGAAAUCAGGAUUUUAUUGCUAAUCCAAGCUGAACUCAUGAUUGAAAAUGCUAAAUUGUGCAGCUCUUAAUAUAAAGGACAAUAACCGUGUUUCUCUGCUGUCUUCCUGUUCUGUAGUCUUUCUGCUGAUAGUGAUGAGGCUGCACUGACAACACUGAGCUGACUUCUCUUUGUAGGGUGUCUUUCACUCUUUCUCUUGUUCCCUCUGUUUGCAACGUAAUUCAAUCAUUUCUCUACAGUCUUUCUCUCUAGUUCCCCAUGUCUCUUUCUUUGUAAGUUCAGUUUUCUUCUGUAUAAUGAUAUUAAUCCUCUGAUUUUUCAGAUUAUUGCUCUCUUCUCUUACAUGCUACACGUGUUUCUAUAACUUCAAGAAAAUGUGUUAAGGUGUUAUCAA